GACUAUCAUCAUCUUCAUCAUCAUCAUCAGCUCACACAGAGACCGUUCGGUUUAUAUGGACCCGCUGUGGACGCGACGGAACCGGCUCGCUGAAUGAACGCCGUCGAUGUGUGACGCGCGUCAGUGCUCGCGCUUCAAGCAUGUUCGAGGCAUCCAGACAGAUGUGAUGGCCCAUGCGGAGGGUUGCGGGGUUGAGUGACGCUCAGUUACCCCAGCAUGGGCAGCGUGGGCAGCGGGGUGGCCGGAGAGCAGGAGUUCGCCAUGAAGAGCGUGGGCACUCGAACCACCCUCCCUCGUGGCCCGCCUCUCUCUCGGCGCGGCCCCUCCGACCGCAGCUUCAGCGCCGAGCGUCUCCACGCGCCGCCCUCCGCCUCGGAGGGCUCCAGCGAUGAGCGAGGAGGGAGCAGCACCACCACGGAUCGAGCACAGAUCAACAGCACCUCCUCUCAUAUGGAGCGGGUGGUCCCCACCAACGGGAACGGGCCAGGGGGUAACGUCACGGGCCGCAGAGACGGACACAGAACCGGAGCGGUGGUGUCACUGGACGCCUGCGGUAACGUCGUGGGCCACGGUGCUGAGAAGAACCAGGAUUCUGCGGCACCGGUGAAGGGCAGAGAUGGAAACAUGACUAAGAGAGACAGUCGCACACCACCCAAGAUAUUAACUGUGUCUGGAAAACUUGAGCAGAACAAUUCUGCACUAGUACGACCGUCUGCCUUUAAACCUGUGGUGCCCAAGAGCUUUCACUCUAUGCAGAACCUGGUUGGACAAUCUGGAGGAGGAGGAGGCUGUUCUGCUGGGUCUGGUGGAGGUUCUGACGCCCCACAGUCCCUUUGUGAGCAAGACAGCCCAGAUCGAGACCCUUCAGGUGGAAACGACGGCCAGGGCGGCAUGUCCGACUCCGGGAGGAACUCCCUAACCAGCCUGCCCACCUACUCGGGCCCGAGUCUGGGCUACGGGCCGCCUCAAGCUCUCGGCCCGCUGAGCGCUUCCACCAGUCACAUCAACAGACUGGGAACCGCAGGCGCUCCACUGGACACAGUGGACAAACCCAACUAUCAGAACGGUCGGAGUGUCUCUGACAGCUGCCAGUCGUCGUCUGGAAAAAGCUCUUUGUCGUAUCAGAGACUUUGUCAUCUUAAAGACAAGUGUGCCGGCGUCCAGCCGUCCCCCUCCACUGAUGACAUCAUCCAGGACCUGGAGGAUCGACUUUGGGAGAAGGAACAAGAGGUCCUUCACAUGAGGCGUAACCUGGAUCAAAGCGAGGCGGCCAUCGUUCAGGUGUUCGAUGAGAAACAGCGAGUGUGGGAGCGCGAGAUGGAGGAACUGAGACAGAAUUACGCCGGGCGUCUGCAGCAGGUGACCCGUCGGGCUCAACGCACACAGCAGGCACUGCAGGCCCACGUCGCCCGAUUACAGCAGGACAAGGGUCGUCUACAGGAGGAGAUCAGCGCCCUGCUCGCCCAGAGAGAAGAGCUGGAGAGAAAGUGCCUGGAUUACCGUAAAGAGCAGGCGGAUAUUCUGCCCAGACUGGAGGAGACCAAGUGGGAGUUGUGUCAGAAGGCCGGUGAGAUUUCUCUGCUCAAGCAGCAGUUGAGGGAGAGUCAGAAUGAGGUGACACAGCGAGCGGGUGAGAUGGUGGCUCUCAGAGGUCAGCUGAAGGAACUCAACGCCCAACUGAAGGAACGUGAGGAGAUCAUGCACAGCCUGAAGGACUCUUACACCAAGAAGAGCCGAGAGCUGGAGAGAUGUGAGGGAGAUCUCAAAAUAACACUAACUGAGGUGUCGAUGUUGCGGGAUAAGGUGGUUGUGUUCGAGGCGGAGGUUCUGGGUCUGAAACGCGCUCUCAACGAACUCAGCUGCAGAAGUGAACGCAGCGCGACGGCUCUGAGCGGCAGCAGCAGUUUACCCUGGGCCGGCCUGCACUCGCCCCGAACGCCCGAGGCCCUGACCGGACUCGCUCCCCUCAGCGUCACCGUCGACGCCCUCCUCAGUCUUCAGAGCGACGAGGCCAAAGCGCAGCGGCAGGAGGCGGGCGAGCUGCGCAGACAGCUGGAGCGUCUGCAGGGGGAGCUGCACCUGGAGAGACAGCAGAGGGAGCGGCAGGCGCUCACCUUCGCUCACGAGCGCCACACGUGGCAGGGUGAGAAAGAGCGAGUGUUGAAGUAUCAGGCCCAGCUGCAGCUCAGCUACGUGGAAACGCUGCAGAGGAACCAGGCGCUGGAGGAGCGGGUGGGGCAGCUCGGUGCUAAAAUCCCCACAACGCCCGGCUCCCCCCCGCCAAUCACUAUCACCGUUCCCGUUCCGAUGACCCCUGCGCUUUCCCCGGCGGACGUGGAAGAUCCAAAAGCACCGGUGAUGCACCAGCUCGCUCCUCCGUGGCCCGUACCUUCUCGUUUGGAGCGGAUCGAGUCCACGGAGAUUUAGACACGUUCAAUUGAUCAGAGACAAUCGAUGUUUAAAUGACAUUGCACAUUGUUCAGGAUUUCAGACACAGCUGCAGAGAUUUUGUGUUUGAGAAAGAGAGAAAUGCAGCUUUAAAUGAAGACCCGACCCUCUCUGAGAUACAGAAACACACCUGUUAACCCUCUAUGGUACAGUGCUUCAUCUUAUUGUAAUUCAACAAUAAACGUGUUGACUAUUAGUCAAAUGACAUUUAAUUGUUAACACACAUUCCUGGAUUUUUGAUCACUGAUGUUGAUCAUUGAUCUGUUUUAUGGCUCAGCAUUAUAACUGAAGUCAUAUUUAUAAUAAAGAUAAUAAUAGUUUGUGCAUGAGAAACACAAUAUAAGGAUGAUUGAUGCUUCAUCCGUAAGUUAGAUGUGAUUUGUACCAUAGAGGGUUAAAGGGAUAGUUCACCCAAAAAAUAAAACGCUGUAAUUUUCUCAUCCUCAUGUUGUUCUAAACCUGUAUGAAUGUAUUUUAUCUGAUGAACACAAAAGAAGAUAUUGUGAUAAAUGAUGGUAAGCACACAGCAGAUAGUGACCAUUAACUUCCAUAGUAGGAAAAACAAAUAUGAUAAAGUCAAUGCUUACAUCAUUUCUCAAAAUAUCUUCUUUUGUGUUUAUCAGAUUAAAGAAAUUCAUACAGGUUUAAAACAACAUGAGGAUGAGAAAAUGAUGACAGAAAUUUCAUUUUUGGGUGAGCUCUGAACACAUAUCAGUGAUGUGAAGACAAAGACUUUUAUUAAUAUUAAUAAUCAUCAUCAGUGUGGUGUGGAUCUGCUCUGUAUUAAAGGUGGAUUGUAUUUGAGUUUUAAAGGAAGAGAGAAGCAUUCAUUCUUCAGAUGACUGCUAGUAACUGCAGUAACUAAACUUGAACAGCAGAGGUCACGAGAGUCUCAUCAAACUAAAAUCCUCUUUUCUUUUGGGGUCAGUUUUUGACUUUUUUGGAAAUGAAACUGAUGACACAUUGACGGACUGUAGAAGUUUCUUUAGAUGUUCUUCAGAGAGGGAAGUGUGUGCGUGCACGCGCGCGCGUGCUGUAUUCUGAUGUAGUUCUGCAGUAUUGUGACUUACAGACUGCCUGUAUAUAUGACGAGUAUUCAUGUACAAUUGUUAUUUCCAGUAUAACAAGAUAUUGCGUGUGAUUAUUUUGAAAAAGCUGAUCAUCAUUAUUGUUAUUUCAUUGUUCUGGUUAUUGUGAAUUAACCAAGCUGGCGUUUUAGCUUUGUUUUGUUUUUCUGAAACAUGUUCCGUCAAAUCUGUAUUGAUCAUUUUCAAAACCAUAUUUCUUCUGAUGUAGUUCUGAUGUAUCUUUUCAUUUGCUGAUGUAAUUUAUUGAUUUAGAGUUUAAAUGCUAUGUUUUUAUAUUUGUAUUGUUCAUAUGUUUAUGUUUAUGUUACUGUAAUGACUGUCAUAGAGGCAAGUUCACACGGUACAGAUACAAAUAAAUCAUUUUCAUUGAGAAACGA